AUGGCAGUCAUCUCCUCUUUUAGCCAAAGGCACAUCCUUCUUUCUUCACCAAUAAAACUCGAGGCAGAGGCAUCUGUCCUAAGCUACGAUGGCAGCAUGUAUAUGAAGGUGGUGAUGCCGAUUGUAAUGCAUACAGAGGCAGAGGAUGUGUCUCUGCGGUUUAUGUCCCAGCGUGCCUUUGGCCUGUUGAUGGCUGCCACAUCACGUGAGUCCGCAGACACACUACGACUAGAGCUGGACAGCGGCCGUGUCAAACUGACCGUCAAUUUAGACUGUGGCAGGAUAAACUGUAACACCAGUAAAGGACCAGAGACAUUGUAUGCUGGCCAGAAAGUGAACGACAAUGACUGGCACGCAGUCAAAGUGAUGCGGCGUGGUAAAAACCUCAAACUCAUGGUGGAUGAUGAUGUAGCUGAAGGUCAGAUGAAUGGUGACCACACUCGUCUGGAGUUCAGUAACAUCGAGACCGGAAUCCUGACAGAACGGCGCUUUGCCUCCAUGGCUCCGUCCAACUUCAUUGGUCACCUGCAAGGCCUGAAAUUCAAUGGCCUCCUCUAUAUUGACAUGUGCAAGAACGGGGACAUCGAAUUCUGCGAGCUCAAUGCUCGUUUCGGCAUGCGCUCCAUUGUGGCCGAUCCAGUUACCUUCAAGACCAAAGGAAGCUAUCUGGGUCUUGCUACACUCCAGGCUUACAGCACCAUGCAUCUUUUCUUUCAGUUCAAAACUACCUCGGGUGAUGGAUUCAUUCUUUUCAACAGUGGAGAUGGGAAUGAUUUUAUUGCAGUGGAGCUUGUCAAAGGGUAUAUUCACUAUGUGUUUGACCUGGGAAACGGACCGAGUCUUCUGAAGGGAAACAGCGACAGUCCUCUUAACGACAACCAGUGGCACAAUGUGGUGAUCACUCGAGACGCCAGCAACACACACACGCUAAAGGUUGAUGCCAAGUCUGUCAGCCAGGUGGUCAACGGAGCGAAAAAUCUGGACCUGAAAGGUGAUCUGUUUGUAGCCGGAUUAGGACCGAACAUGUACCAGAAUCUGCCAAAGCUGGUGGUGUCUCGUGAGGGUUUCCAGGGCUGCUUAGCUUCCAUGGAUCUCAAUGGCCGCCUGCCUGAUCUCAUCAAUGAUGCUCUGUUCCGCAGUGGGCAGAUCGAACGUGGAUGUGAAGUUGGUUUCACCAAAGCCGACCUGCAAGGGCCCAGCACUACAUGCCAGGAGGAUUCGUGCGCCAACAUGGGUGUAUGCAUCCAGCAGUGGGAGAACUUCACCUGCGACUGCUCCAUGACUUCUUACUCUGGCACCCAGUGCAAUGACCGUGAGUGA